AUGCUGUGCCUGGUCACGGUGAAGCGUCACGCGCGUUUUGAGCGAUCUGGUGAUGAUUUGCACCUGGCCGUAGAGGUCAGUCUCUCCGAUGCUUUGCUUCAAGAAGCCAUCAGGCUACAGCACCUCGAUGGCCGUGACAUCACGGUGCGACCAGACAAGGUGGCCUUGAUUGUCUACUUGGCGCUCUGCGGUCUUGCAGCAGCUCUUCGGGAGCGUGCUGCAGAUACUCCGCGUUGCAGCUGUGGCCAGCCCAUAUUUUCUGGCCUGUGCUAUGAAGCCAAAGACGGGUCUCAAACACCCUGUUGCGGGAAUUGGGCCAGUGAAUGUCCAGCCACAAGCCCAUUGAUGACACGUGGCUUGGACGUUGAAUGCAAUUUUCAGCCUUUCCAGCGUGGUCUUUUUGAUCCUUAUCAACUUGAGAGCAAGUGCCAGAAGGUGGAGUGCCGCAGUGUCUACACAGCCUUGGAACGCAUCAAACAACACUAUCAAGACUUCAGGCAGAAAAGGUUCAACUUUGGUCUUGUGUCAGGUUAUUCCAACAAGGGCAAUAUGAAAUGGUUCAAGAAGUGUGCAUGUGGUGAAUUCAAUGCCGCAAGUCAGCAGUGCAAAGUAAAGGGCAAGUCAAAGGAGAAGCCUUGUUGCACCAGCUUGUCAGACUGUGAAGCCUCAGAUGCAUGGCCAGUUUUCUACCAGGAGAAUGUGGCGGCUCAAAAUUUCAGAAAUGCAGAGGGCCAGGCAGUGCAAGGUCUUUACCAAGAAUGCAUUGGAAAUUGUCAUUUGAGGUAUCGAGAACUUUGUAUGGAAGACUUGAAGGAGAUAGUUCCGGUGGAGGGCAAAUCCAUCACUCGGCAACAGGCCUUUGUGUUGAAGACCCAGACGGCUGGCCAGCGGCCUGAUGCUUACGAUCCGAAAUACAUGGAGCAUGCAGCCAGCCUUGAUCGGAUGCAGCAAAAAGAGAAGGAGGAGCGAGUGGUGCGCCUUUAUGCAAAAUCCCAAAAGGAGCCUGUUGAGCUGACGGACCUCUCGGCUUGGGAUCCAGAGUUCAACACUCAGAGUCAACAGGUGCCAAAACCUCAUUCACUGCACAUUUUGCAGGGUGAGGGCAUGCCGAAGGUCGGCCCCCAGGAGCGCGGGAAUCUUCAUCUUCACUUCAAGGUGACUUUUCCCGAGAAGCUGGAUGAGAAAACUGCAAAGGAGCUGAUAGCAGCUUUGCAAAAGCAUCUGGAUGGAGCUUCCAAGGUGCAGGUGCGAAAAACGGUGUCAUUGGUCUUGGGUGGACUUCUGGCAGCAGCUGCUUGCCGCAGGCAAACUCGACAACAGCUCACCAGGUCAGUUUCGAUGAAGGACAUUGAUGCCCUGACGAUAGACGACUUGCCAUCAUACUGGAGGCCCAAAGUUAGCAUCGGAAUGGCACGAAGGUUCAACGAGGUAAAGGGCAUUGAGAGGCAACUUGAGAAGACCUUUUUCUUGAUGGCCUUCAACCGGGACCACAUGUUGGGCAGAGAGGUUGAGGAAGCACGGGGCCUUUUCCCUCCAACGUGCAAAGUGCGUGUCCUCAAGAACAACUUGGUGAGGAAAGCCAUGGAAGGCACCGAGUGGGCACAGCUUGGCCCACUCUUGGUCGGAUCCAACAUGUUUGUCUUCGUGGAGAGUGACAGGGACCUCAAGCCUGCGAUUCAGGCGUACCUCAAAAUGGAGAAAGCCUUCGACCGUACUGCCACACUUGAUGCUAUUAAGGAGGCGAGAGGUGAUGACCUGACCUACGACAUGAAGCCUCUUGUGGGCGGUAUCAUGUCCGAAGAAUGGGAUGUGCUCGAUGGUCCUGGUGUUUUGAAGCUCAAGGACUUCCCCACCAAGACCGAGCUCAUUGGCCAGAUUGCAGGCAGCAUCAAGCAGGUCACCACCAAGCUGGCGGUGGGUAUCAGACAGGUCCCAACCAAGCUGGCGAUCGGCAUCAAGGCAACAGUGGAGAAGGGAGAAGAGGAAGGAAAAAGCUCGGCACUUGGUCUCCGACAAAUGUGGCACUAUGGCAUCUGCAGGAUUCCUAGAGCGAUGGCGUCUGUCGGCUAUAUUCCAGCUGCUCUGUACUUCUUCACUGGAGCACUGGUAUCCGGUGCGACGACCUGGGUUCUAUCUUUGGCUGUGCUUGAGGUUCGACGUAUUUGGCUGGAAGAGGAUUUGAAGCACCCAUUGCAUUCGAGCGACCAUGAUCGCAAGCAUCAAAUGCAUUUGGCGUUGGAACGACACGCAUCUCCCACCACAUGGAAAGAUAUGCAACAGCCUGAUGAUCCUCUGUCACCAAUGACACCAAGAAUAGGACGCAGCACAUCUUUCAGAGACUUAGUCACGAGAGUGGGACCCUCCUACGGUGAUCUGGUGGAGCGAUCCACGCCAGCCUGUCCAUGGGUUUCUUCGACUUUGGACUGCGUGCUCUUUUUGCACAACACACUAGCUCUGACCGUGUAUUUCCUUUUUGUGUCUGAAUCCUAUGAGCGAUUGGGCUGGAUGUGGCCACUGAACCGCUUUGGUGAGCCAUAUACCCAUGUCUUGACGAUCUUCUGGACAGCUGUUUGGGGUUGCUGGCUGAGCACCUUCCCAACAGUAGGGGCACUAGCGAGAUUGGCAAAUGCGAGUCCCUUUGUGCUGUGGCUCAUGAUGGGUUCAAUCUGGUUCGAAUGGCUGUUCAAUUGGCACGAGCAAGACGAGCAGCAAGAACCUGAAGCCUACGUUGAAGAUUGGCUUGAGAGAUCUCCGUCAGUGCUGUGUAUUGCAGUCUUUGCCUCUUUUUGGCACACCAAUUGCGUUGCCAUCGCUCGUGAAUUUCAGAAUCCGACGAAGCUUCGGCUUUUUGUGUUGUCGUUUACGUCGGCGUUCUUGCUUGGACUUCUCUACUACUUCUUGGCUUUUGGAGGCUACUUCACAUUUGGCGCCAAACUUCUUACGGCCCCAAACAUUGUGACGCUGUAUGGUCAGGACGAUCCGUUCUUUACUGCAGUGCGUUUGGGGCUUGCCUUUUCCCUGACCAUUGCCAUCCCGCUGAAUGUUUUCCCAAUCCGAGAGUCAGUGGAGAACAUGCAGCUUUUCAGAAAGCUGCCAACAGCAGUUCAUCGACGACUUCUAGGACCUGCAACAGAUCCAAAAAUGCGGGCCACUCGAGAGCAUGAGAUUGUAGGUGUGACUCUCGUUCUUAUUCCAAUGAUACUCUCCCUCGCCUUCCGCAAUGUGGUUCAGCUGAUUACAAUCCUUGGAGGCUCAUUAGUUAGCCUAAUGAUGAUUGUGUUCCCAUGUAUCGUUCUUCGCAUGAUUUGUUCAUCUUCGCUUGUAUGGUGGACGACUCUGAUGUUUGGCAUCAGUUUCGCAACAUUUUUGGCGCUUGCCUCAUGGGGCUUCGUGGGUGAGAAAGUGUAG